AUGGGCAUAACUGGCUAUUUUGUUCUGCCGUGGAAAUGUCUGGUUGUUGUGGCUCUAAGACUGCUGUUCCUUGUGCCCGCAGGAGUGCCAGUGAGAAGCGGAGACUCGUAUUUAAAGGACAACAUCACUGUCAGACAGGGAGACAGUGCCGUCUUGAAGUGCAGUGUGGACAACAAAGUGUCACGGGUGGCAUGGCUCAACCGGACAACUAUUCUCUUCACUGGCAAUGAAAAGUGGUCUCUGGACCCCCGGGUGGUCCUACUAAGCACAGCAGUCACUGAAUACAGUAUAAAGAUUCUAAAUGUGAACUUAUAUGACGAGGGCCCUUAUGUAUGUUCCAUUCUCACAAACAAGAAACCGGAGUCAACAAAAGUGCACCUCAUCGUACAAGUUCCUGCCAGGAUUGUAAACAUAUCCACAGAUGUGUCUGUGAACGAGGGCAGUAACAUAACCCUCAUGUGUCUUGCCAUCGGACGACCUGAACCCACCAUUUCAUGGAAAUUUCGCUCCUCAAAAGAGGGUAGCAAAAUUAUAACCGAUAGUGAGUAUGUGCAAAUGUUUGGAAUUACCAAAGAGAUGUCCGGGUCAUACGACUGCAUCACUUCAAAUGACAUCUCACCUCCAGACGUGAGGACUGUUCAGGUUACCGUAAACCAUCCACCUGUCAUUUCGCGAGCUCGGAGCACAGGAACAGCUGUCGGCCAGAAAGGGGUCCUGUGGUGUGAGGCGUCAGCCGUUCCUCUGGCGAAUUUUGAGUGGUUUAAGGGGGACCGCAGACUCUUCAACGGACGCAAUGGGGUCAUGAUCGAAAACAAGGGUAAACAAUCCAUGCUUACGUUCUUUAAUGUUUCUGAAGAGGAUUAUGGGAACUACACCUGUGUGGCCAUGAACAUGUUGGGGAUAACAAACGCAAGCAUUAUUUUGUAUGGCCCCGGAGCAAUACAUGAUGUGAACAAUGCAGCCUUGUCGCCAACCAGCUCAUUCUUGCUUCUAACUCUCUUUCUUACGCUCUCAUUCCUGAGCAAGUUUUGA